AUGAAUGGAGCCAUGAACAGGUCGGGCCCUUGGCCUGGCAAGGGGCUCCCAGCAGGCAUGGGCUUCAGCGGCGGGUGCGGCACGAAGGGAGGCAAGGGGAAGUCCGAGUCCAUGAGUUUGCUGGAGGAGAUGAAGCUGAAGCAGGAGAAGAGAGAGCAGAGGAAGAGGCUGCGGGAAGAAGUUGAGGCUCUGUUGACCAAAUCUCCGCAGGACGUCAUGCGGAUCUCGCGGCUAAGGCAAGAGCUGUCCUACGUCGAGGGCUUCCUGGCCCAGGCCGACGGGCACAUGUCCCUGCCCACGCAUCAGCCGCAGCCCACGGGGCCCUUGACAGUGGCUGAGGGGCAGGACACCAACAAUCUCUAUGUGGGAUCUUUGUCGACGGAAUGGACUGAAGAGAUGCUCUCUCGCGAGUUUGGAAGGUUCGGAGAGGUCACCUCCAUUAAGAUCAUGUACCCGAGGAACGACCAGCAGCGCCUGCGAGGCAUGAACAGCGGAUUCGUCCAGUUCAAAACCAGACAUCAAGCUGAGCUUGCCAGAUUGAAGUUGAAUGGCAAGGAGUACUUUGGCAUGUGCCUGCGCAUCGACUGGGGGCGUGCAAUACAACCAGUCAGGAAUGUCAGCGCCAUCAUGAGCAUGGGCAUGACGCCGAAUUUGAAUGUGGUAACCAAGCCCGCGCUCAUGCCGCAUAUCGAGCCACCAAAGCCGAAGCCGAUGCCGAUGCCGAUGCCCACAUCUGAAAGCUCGCCCGCCUCGUCAAGCACCCGAAAGUCUCGGUGGAACUUGGCCAAGACUUUGGUGGUCAAGCCUCCUGAGGACCAGCUUCUUAAGAAGUUGAUCGACACGACCGCGGAGUUUGUCGCGGAUGAAGGUUGGGAAUUCGAGAGAGUUCUUCUGGAAAGGGAGAAAGACAACCCCAGGUUUGCUUUCAUUUCGACGGACAAAGAGAACUUGGAAGAGCCGCUCCAUGUCUACUACCGCUGGCGGACCUUCUCCUAUUCACAAGGCGACAACGAUAAGUACUGGCGCACCGAGCCAUUCCAGAUCUAUGAAAAUGGUCCGUUGUGGCAGCCGCCGCCGUGCGAGAAGCGCAUGGAGGGAGUCCCGGAAGCCAUACAGCGGAUAGAGAUGCUGAUGCCCAGCGCGGGGCAAGGGCUCGACCGCCUGCGGAAGCUGACGAGCGCCAGCGUUUCGACCAGCGGCAAGGACAAUGUGAUAGGCGGUGCAGGGCUGACGCAGGAGGAGUCGGCGGCAUUCCAGGAGCUCAUCGGAGACCUUUCGCUGUCGCGAGCCUUGAUCCUGAAGGCCAUGGUCUUUUGCGUGGACAAGUCGAUGUCUUCACUGGCCAUUGCGCAGAAGAUCGGUGCCAGCAUCACAGAGGCGCAGCUUGGGCUUACAACGCAGCAGCUGGUCGCCCGCCUCUACCUGCUGAAUGAUGUCCUCUACAACUCGCACUGCACGAAGCCUGGAGCUUCGCAGUACCGCCGCAAGUUCCAAGACCUCCUGCCGGAUGUGGUGGAGAGGCUUCGAGAGGUCUGCGACGGGAUCUCCACCAUCGCCGCCAGCUCUCUCCGCGACCGGGUCCUGAAGCUCGUGGAGAACUGGUCGGAGUGGGCUCUUUUCCCACCUCGCUUCACGAAGGGGCUGGAGGCCGUCAUGUGCGGCAAGGCUGAAACCGGCGAGAAGGUGUCAGCUUCUGCCCCUGCAGCGGUGCAGCAAGCACAGCAGCACUGGAUGGGCUCAGAUUUGGCAACGCUCGAGCGCGCCUGCCAGCAACGCGGCCUUUCUAUCAAAGGUAGUCGCCAGCGCCUCUUGGAGCGGCUGCUGCUCUUCGAGGCGUACUGGCCGCCUGACGCGGGCCACUCGGAGCCGAGGGCGCCGAAGGACUUGCGCCGAGACGGCAAAGCCGAACCAGGUCUGGAUGGAGAGCCCUGCGAUUGCGAGGAGGAGACCAGGCCGCCAAGUCUGCGAAUCCUUCUCCUGCCAGAGCGCUGGCUUGCGCCACGCAGGGAGGGUCCUGCAGAGCCUCGCGCCAAGAAAGCGAAGACGGCGGUGAUUGAGACGGAGGGGAAGGAGGCAAGAAAAGACUCAAAGGAGAAGGCCAAGGAGCCGAAGCCCGCGAAAUCGCCGGAGGAACGACGGCGUGAGCGCCUGCAGAAGGUCGAGGUGGAAGUGGGGCGCUAUCGCGUGCAGCUGGAGAAAGCUCGCGAGCCGCCGGAGGUUGUGCAAAUGAAGUGCGACCGUCGGCGCAUGGAGCUUCUGGAGGCUGCAGCCCAUCAGGAGACGUGGAGCGAACACAAGAUGAGUUCAGGUGACGCUGGCCGUUCGGGCAGUCAGAGUCAGGCAAAGCAGAAAGAUGUCAUGAGAAAGGACACGGAGGUCCUUAAGCUCGAGCCAAAGGCAGACCCUGAAGCCAAGAGUGCCAGACGAAAGGAUAUCAAGUCAGGGCGAGAGAAGGACAAGGACGUGAACGCCAACGAAGAUGGCAAGGCAACCAAAGAAGUCAAGCCAAAAGAAGAACCCGCCAAGGCCAAAGCUGCGGAGAAAGACAAAGAAAAAGCCAAAGAGAAGGCAAGGGAAAAGGACAAGGACAAAGAAAAGGAGAAGGAGAGGGAAAAGGAGAAGGACAAGGAAAAGGAAAAGAACAAGGAGCGCAAGAAGAGGAGUCAGCGAGACCGGAGCUCCUCCGACAGGCCGAGGCGAAAGUCAAGCCCCAGCCGCAGUCGCAAGAAGCGAUGA